UCUAUGUUCCAUCCUACUUCAGGUCAGCACACUGAUCUUUAUAUGAGCUUCAAACUGUGAUUUAGCUUCUCAUGUGCAGGCAGGGAGCAGUGUUGACAGAGAGCCGAGCAUGUUUGUCAAAGGUAAAUUACCUCUCGGUUCACGCCUUUGUAUGGAAGUCAGGGUUAGCUCUGGUUUGAUUGACUGGUGAGAUGAUAUUCUGUAUGUACAACCCCCCCCCCCCCGCUCUCUCUCCACACCGUUCUCUGUUGCGCUGAGUGUGUGUCUCUCCUGCACACAGCUGAACACACAUAUUUACACAAGUGGACCAGUAACACACAGACGUACCGUCUCUAUUUGCAGAGACAGGUUUGUGGUUCAUCUUAUUUCUCUCUGCCGCAUCAAAUAUUGCUGCUGUUCAGAUUCUGGAUCUGGAUUCACUUUCACAGUUUUACUUUACUAAUAGGAGUAAAUAUUUUCCCAAUGCAGGUUUCAGGAUGAUUUUCCAUCAAAAAUUCCUGAAAACAUUCGUCUGUCUGUCUCUGCUGAGCAGCUCUUCUUUAACCGUGGAGCGAGUCCCUCAGCUCAGUCUCUGGGGGAAGGUGGUCGACUUCCGCUCGGGGAGCAGCCACUGGAAGCUGAAGCCUCACGUCUCCAUCCCCGCCCUGCAGGAGUUCACCGUCUGCCUCAGCCUGAAGUUUGAGGUCGAGGCCAUCUCGCCGUGGACCGCCUUCAUGUACCGUCAUCCCGAGGCCCAGUAUGCCGAGCUGGGCAUCGGGGGGGAGUGGGAUCACGUAGUGGUCUGGUUGUUCGGGACCCGGUGGACCGCCCCUCAGGUGAACCUCCGUCCGUCGCAGUGGUACUCGCUGUGUCUGACCUGGUCACACACGAAAGACACACCCGCCCUCUACGUCAACGGCAACCUGGUGGACAUGAUCGCAGAUCCCACCGUCGACACAUGUCCCUCCUCCCCGCCCUCGUGCCACAAACUGGCCCCCAAUGGGACGCUCACUCUGGGCGCGGCGCACCAGCUGAACGGCGGGAAUAUCCAGGUGCUUCCCUUUACCUCCAUGGUGGGCAGAGUGUCUCUGUUUCGACUGUGGCAGCGAGAGCGCGGCAGGCAGGAGGUGGCGUCGGUGAACUGCACAGAGGGCGACGUGCUGAAGUGGGAGAGUGACAUCUGGGACACUCAGAUGGCCGCUGUGCUCCUCGACCCCAGCCUGCAGUGUGAAUGGUCCUUUUACGAAGUGAGACUGAUCUUCGCCAUCAUCUGUUACGACGGGAACAACACAGAGGUCUACACGGCCAGAGACAUCGCACACCAAUGGCUCAGAGAGGUGCUGCCCGACAGCAUCUAUUUACACAGAGUGUCCGUGUUCGAGGCCACCAGAUCCGGUGCAAAAGACAGCGGUGUAAAAACAUCACAUGAAGACAGGCAGGUGCGGUGGGUUCCCCCAAAUAUUAACAGGUAUCACUGCCUGGUUCACAUAAGUGUGAUUCCCUGCAUGGACGUGGCAGCUGUGCAGCACGAGAUGACAGUGGACCUGAGGAGCCCCUACCAUCACCCCGGUGGUCAGCACCAGGUGCUGGCUAAAGAGAGCAGCAUCCACACCACACCUGUCGAACGCUUCUCCUCAGCCACCAUCAGUCCUGAAGUGGCGACGGUGUCCUCUCCGGACACAACCACUAAAUUUACAACCACAGCAUCUCCUCCUACUUCCCCCCGGACCACCACACUUACAACUACCAGAACAAGCGACACCAGCACUACCAGUACUUCUGCUAGUGCCGCCACCAUCACCACAGCAAGACCCUCAACUAUCUCUGAGCUGUACUUCGAGGUAAAGGUGAACGUGUCUAUAACAGGAAACUAUGAUCCAGAACGGACUCUUUCCACCUGGCUCGUCUCCUGUCUCCCGGGCGACAUGAUGACAGUUCUCGACCUGCAAGUGCUCCCCAGAGCUCAAAGAAAUCAUCCUCGCCUGCAGUCGAACCUCACCAGCUCAGAUGGAGUGUUCAUAUACAGAGUUUCCAGAGAGAGUUGUAUUUUCCAGGUCCAGGUGAUGAUGUCGCACUCAGACACACAGGAGAUGGAGGAGCUGAUACGACACCUUCUGUCGCUGCCUUACGACAACGGCUCCAUCACUUUAGAGACACAGGACAUAAAGAUAAGCCGUAUAUUGAUCCUGAAGUGCAAUGCCGAAACCCACCACACGAGGAAAGGCCUGUUUAGGUGGCCCGCCACUUCAGGGGGAGAAAAUGCAACUUGUCCGUGCCCAAAAAACCCUCGCCACAACGCCACCCGACACUGCAAGCUGUGUCUCAGUACACACUGGAUGGCCCCGGACCUGGAAGCCUGCUCUUUCGUGGUGGAAACCAUCCCUGAUCUGGACCACGUCGAAGUCACAGACGACAACGCACUGCACGUUGUGGAGAUGAUCGAGGGUUUACUACGCAACCACACCACCAUCAACUACCAGGAGCUGGUCACGGUCCUCAACAAGCUGCAGGACAUCGUGAACGUCAGUGUGAUCACACCGUACCUGGGCCAAGCUCUGAUCAACAUCAUCUCUGACAUACUGGAGUCUGACAGCGACCUGCUGCCGUUCACCAACACUAUCCUGAACAUCACAGAGGCAGUGGGAGACAGGAUGGUGGGCUACGAGGGCUCCUCCAGCCUGGUUGCUCCGGCUAUCGCCAUCUCAGUGGUGGACAUAGAUCCAGCAAAGUUUGUCACUUUGACGUUCGGAGUGUCGUCUGAUCGGGCAGGCACAAAGCCAGAGAUUUUUAUCAACAGUUUUCCCUUCAACGGAACAGUGGCCUUCAUCUCCCUGCCUUCCGUACUGCAGCACAGCUUCCCACAAGUCGGCCUCCACCAGAGUCCACCGAGAGUCCAGUUCCAGUUCUACAGCAUACCGAUGCUCUUCAAGAGCAGCCUAACGGGUCAGACUCUCAACUCCUUCGUGGUGUCGGCCAGUGUGACCAAUGCUAGCUCUCCGAUCAAAGACCUCGACGAAGACGCCAAAGUCACGCUCCACCAUCUUAUACCCAAUACGCUUAACAAGGACGUACAGUGUGUGUACUGGAACUUCAAUAAAAACGACGGACAGGGAGGCUGGGAUGAUCAAGGCUGCAGAAAAUACAACAGCAGCCCUGACUACACAACGUGCCUGUGCGACCACCUCACACACUUCGGAGUUCUUCUGGACGUCUCCAGGACUCCGGUGGACGCAGCCGACGAGCAGAUCCUGACCAUCGUCACAUACGUUGGCUGUGGAGUCUCAUCGCUGUUCCUGGGAAUCACUGUCGUCACCUACACAGUUUUCGAGAAGCUUCGUCGAGACUACCCCUCUCAGAUCCUCAUCAACCUCUGCCUGGCGCUGCUGGGCUUGAACCUGGUGUUCCUGGUCAACUCCUGGUUGUCCUCCUGGGGUCUGUACGCCCUCUGUGUCGCCGCAGCCGCCGCGCUGCACUACUUCCUCCUGGCUUCGUUCACCUGGAUGGGACUGGAGGCCGUCAACAUGUACUUUGCCCUCGUCAAGGUCUUCAACGUCUACGUGCCCUCAUACAUCCUCAAGUUCUGCGCUCUGGGGUGGGGGCUUCCUCUGAUGAUCUGCAUCCUGGUGCUGAUCGUGAACAGAGAGGCUUAUGGCAGUCACCUCUACACAGACGCUCAGCACAGCCUGGAGACACUUGACGACUCUGACAACUUCUGUUGGCUGCAGGACGACGUGACAUUUUACGUGUCUGUGGUUGCCUACGCCGUGCUGGUCUUUCUCUUCAACACUGGGGUUUUUGUGGUGGUUUUGAUACAGAUUCGCCACAUGCGAGUCAACAGCCCGGCGGGAACCCGCAGGGGACUGAUGCACGACCUGAAGGGAGUCGCCAGUCUGACCUUGUUACUCGGACUGACGUGGACUGUUGGCUUCUUCACCUGGGGGCCAGCGAGGGUCGCUCUGCUCUACCUGUUCUCUGGACUCAACACUCUGCAAGGACUUUUAAUCUUCCUCUUCCACUGUCUGAUGAAGGAGAAUGUUAGGAAACAGUGGAGGAUUCACCUCUGCUUUGGGCGUUUUCGACUGGAGGAGCACUCCGAGUGGAGCAACUCGGCCUCAGCUGGAGCUGCGGCCAAGCCCAGAUUAAAUCCUCCGCGAGCAUCGUUGCCGUCAGUCCACUCCGUCAAGUCCAGUUCCACGGAGAGCACAUCGGCCUCCUCCGACUCCAGCCAGAGAGACUCAUCGUGCAAGAGACCCAAUCUAGGCCUUUUCGUGACUUCCCUGGUUCUCCCACGAGCCCAGAGAGGCCCCACGGCCACAGGAGCCCUCUCUUCCCAGAGGGACACGAACCAGACGCCCGGCUGGAGGAAUCACUCGCUUGACCGGCAGGAACAAAGAUAAAAAACCACACACUAUCAGAAACUAUCCUGAAAACUCAGAACAGACUCAACCCAGAGAGAUAUGAAAUCCAGGCAGUGUAGAAAUGACUUUAGCUCCAGACCAUUUUAUUCAACCUUCGUUGGAUAAUUUUACAAUACAAUUUUUAUUUUUUUUGACACAUAUUGUAAAAGAGCCUGUAAUUACUAAGACAUGAGUGGUUGCAUCAAUUCCAAGGAGUUGGUUGCCAAGCAACUGGUGAGUGGAGACAUGGUGACUAUGAACCCACAGUCUGUAUAACAAAAAAACACAACAAAAUUUUGAAUUCAAGAUGUGACGCAAGUCUCCAUGUUCCUCCUUCACCCCCGUCUCUGCGGAGUGUGCUUCACAUAAAACAGUGAUUUUUCCACAAUCAUAACUUAAUUAAAUUAUUGUAACACCAUC